AUGUCUCAGGACGGAAACUCUGCUUUCUUGUUACGAGCUUUCUAUAACCGAUUCUUUCCUUAUAAGACAUACUUUCAAUGGCUCAACUACGAUAUAGCUCCAACCAAGAACUUUAGCCAUCGAGAAUUCAGUUUUACUUUAAAAUCUGAUAUUUACGUCCGUUAUAAUUCAUUCAUGGAUGUUGAAGAGUUUCGAAAAGAAAUUGAAAGAUUUCAGCCUGUAAAGAUUGAUAUCGGCGCUGUGUAUAGUGUCAUGCCAAAGAACAAAAAAUCUGUGGCCGAAAAGGCAUUCCGUCCUGUCGAAAAAGAACUUGUAUUUGAUAUCGAUAUGACCGAUUAUGAUGAAAUUAGAACGUGUUGUAGUGGUGGUGAUAUCUGUAAAAAAUGCUGGCAAUUUAUGACAGUUGCUAUCAAGGUUAUUGAUACUUCAUUGGAUGAGGACUUUGGUUUUAAGCACAGAUUAUGGGUUUAUUCUGGUCGACGUGGUGUGCAUUGUUGGGUUUGCGAUGACCGUGCACGAAAGUUAGAUAAUGAAAGUAGAAAGGCAAUCGUGAACUUUCUCGAAGUUAUCAAGGGUGGCUCAGAGCAAUCCAGAAAAGUAAAUCUUGGAAACUCAUUACACCCCUCACUGGCGCGAUCCCUAGAAAUCAUCAAACCUUAUUUCGGUCCUCUUAUUCUGAAUUCUCAAGGAGUUUUAGAUACUCCUGAAAAUUGGAACAAAGUCUUAAAUACAAUUCCUGACGCAGGCGUCAGAGAACGAUUGAAUGAGAUGUGGAGCACAGAUAGCCUUAGUUCAGGCCAAGCAAAAUGGCAAGAUUUAAUAAAUGUAUUGGACAAGAGCAGUGACAAGCAGAUAUUCUACGUAAGAUUUUCAUCUUGUCUACAAGCAAUCAUAUUAAAUUACUGCUACCCUCGUCUUGAUGACAAAGUAUCAAUUAAUAUCGGGCAUUUAUUGAAGAGUCCAUUCUGUGUUCAUCCAAAGACACAGCGCGUUUGUGUUCCGAUUCCAAUAACUACUUGCGAGAACUUCGAUCCAUUUAGUGUGCCCACCUUGUCUAGCUUGAUCAACGAAUUUGAUGCUUUCUCUGCCAAUAAUGGUCCCGAUGAUAGUGAACGUAAAUUACCAGAUUAUAAAAAGACAUCGCUUCGUCCUUAUAUCGAGUUCUUUGAAAAAUUUGUGCAGAGAUUACUUUUAGAUGCCCAGCGCGCCAAGAGAGGUAAUCCUAAAAAGAGUCUUUUUUUUAAAAAUAUAUAUAUAUAUAUGUAUAUAUUAUCUUGA